AUGUCUAAAAUGUCUCCCAAAGCUGAAUCUACAUCUUCCCAGAUCUACCGGACGGAGAGUUCAUCUCCUGGAGCUGUCCAAGAUGUUUCGACUCCUCAAUUACGGAAGAACCGAUCCUUUAUUUCAGUACUUGGAAUGUCCCUCGCCAUCACCGCCGUGCCUUAUGGGGUCGGAGGCCCCUUGAUGUCUUCUAUAUACGGCGGUGGACAACUCUCGAUGUUUAUAGGCGUGUUGGUUGUCGUGUUUCUCCAAGGCGCUGUCGCAUUGUCCCUAGGAGAACUCGCGUCCCGCUACCCGACCUCUUCAGGAGUUUAUUACUGGUCCUACAGACUCACCGAGAACAAAACAUACCAGCACUCCAUGGCCUACUUCACCGGCUGGGUGUGGCUGAUUGGAAAUUGGACAAUCGCUCUAUCUGUCAAUUUUGGAUUCGCCUCUUUGAUUGUUGCGACCGUCACCAUGUAUCAGCCCGAGUGGACCGCCACACCGAACGAGACCCUAUACAUCUUCUUUGGAAUCUGCGUUAUGAUAUUCAUCCUCUGUGCAGUAGCCGACAAAGCUCUGCCUCUUGUAGAUACGGCAGCGGCUAUCUGGAGUGUAGUGACGAUAGUGGCGAUUCUGAUUGCUCUCAGCAGUACUGCAAAAGAGGGAAGACUCUCUGCCUCAUACGGCCUCACACACUACGACACCAGCAUCUCAGGCUGGGAAGGCUUCUCCUUCUUCAUUGGACUGUUGCCUCCUGCAUAUGCCCUCUCGGCUAUUGGUAUGGUUAUGUCCAUGACUGAAGAGUGUGCCAAACCAGAGACAGAAGUACCUCGAGCAAUCGCCAUGUGUAUUCCCAUUGGUGGAGUCUCUAUGCUUGCUUUUGUUCUUCCUAUCUGUCUCACUCUCCCACCCCUGGAAGAUAUCCUCGCCGCUCCGUACGGCCAAGCUUUGCCCUUCAUCAUCGAUACUGUCACUGGAUCAAAGCCUCUCAGUUUGGCACUUUUGAUCAUGGUCUUGAUGGUCACCUUAUUCUGUUCUAUCAGCAUUACAACCACAGCCUCGAGAUGCACGUGGGCUUUGUCCCGAGACGGAAUGUUGCCUUUUUCUCGAAUCUGGCAGCGAACACUCUACAACCAGCCAAUCUAUGCCCUGGCUCUUGUCACUGUCAUAGAGGUUUGUCUAGGCUGCAUCAACCUCGGUAGCACCAGUGCAUUCACAGCCUUCGUAUCAGUGGGCGUGAUCGCCCUUGCUUGUGCAUAUCUCAUCCCUAUCGCCAUCAGCCUAGCAUGUGGAAGAACGGAGGUGUCAAAAGCAAAGUGGCACUUGGGAGCCAUAGGUAGAGUGUCGAACUGGGUGUCAGUUUUCUGGAUCCUCUUCCAGCUCAUCCUUUUCAGCAUGCCCUCAGCGCUCCCUGUAACACCAGAGACGAUGAACUACGCGUCAGUUGUUUUUGUGGGAUUCCUUGCUCUAUGCGGGGUGUGGUAUUUUGCGUGGGGAAAGAGGACCUUUACAGAACCCAAGGUUGAAGCGGAGUUGAUGAUGUACUAG